GUCAUAGUUCUUCAUUCUCUCCUUGCCUGUUCCUUCCUUCCCUCCCUGCAUCUCUCUCUCACUUCCUCAUUUUAUGUCUCUCACUCCCUCUCUCCUUUUAUACCCUGAUCUUCUCUACUCUUUUCUUGGCUUUUUCCCUUCGCCAGCAGAUUGGCUGUUACAAUACUUUCUGUGAGUUUAGCUAUUGUUCUCAGGAUCCCGUUUUCUACCUCAAGUAGCUAAAUUAAACAAUUUUCUCAGACAGUAUCCUUCCUAAGAGAAAUUUGGCAGCCAGCUGUUAAAAGAUAAUACAUUUUUUAUCCCUACUACAUUAUAUUUAGCCAAGUCAGUGAAAAUGUAAUUUUUCAGAUUGUGCUUUCACCUUGAUUCAAAAAAAUCAAUCUUUCAACAUCAUCUAAUAAUAAAUUAUUCUGCUGUAAGACCUCUAAAUUGACUCAAAUCUAAAACCUGCAUUAGACUUAUGAAAAAUUAUCAAAAAAUUUCAAUUUUACUGGAACUUAUAAUCAUGCUCGUGAAUUCUGAACUUUAUUUUUUAACAGUCAGCUGUUGCAUUCAGCAAAUGAUUUAAACUGUAACUGAAGUCGGGCAAGGGGGUGGUUGAAAAACUAAGAGCUUAUGCUUGCUGUGUUCUAUAAGGAACAUAGGAAAGAAAGUUUGGCUUUGUUCUUCUUCAAAAAAUCCCCAACACAAUUAAUAUGUGUUUAUGUAGAUGGUUGAAGAAUGUCCGUUUACAGUUUAAGGAAGAAAAAUUAAAAUAAAUCCUGGCUCAAAAAUCACUUCUUAGGAAACAGGCUGCUACUGCCACCUGGGGGAGAUUCUUUCCACUUCAUUCAAGAAACCCAAUGUGUUUAUCAGAUGAAGGAAGGCAGUUCAUGCUUUUCUUGUCACAGCUACACAGGAAGAAGACUUUUUAACUCUCUGCCCGUGAAGUCACAAGGCACUCCAGAUGUCUCCAAGUUUCUUUCACCCAGAAAUACAUAUUUCAUCGACUUUUUGAGAAAUACAAGAGAAGAUGAAUCAGACUAUAACCAUACUACAAAAAGCACCAAGAAAGUAUUUUGGAUCAGUAUGGGUAAUACACUAAGAAGUAGAAAAAAUAAAAUUUGAGUUUUCAGUAAGAAAAUAAAACUCAAGUUUUAAAGAAAAAAUGUAUUUGACUUCAAGUUAUAGUUAAUUUUACUCCUUUCCUUAAAUAUACUAUCAUUAAUUGAUAUGAAAGCUACAUGUGCUGAUAUAAUCAUUCCAGUGGUUUCAUAAAUUAGGAUAAAAUAAUACAUUUUAUUAUAUGAAUAUAGCAAAAAGAAUUAUCUUAAAAAAUUUGAAAAGUAUUAUGAACUAAAUACUGAUGUGAAGUCAUGAUCUAAUUGUAGAUCAUGAAAAAAUUGUAAUCAUUGCUAAAGAAUGUCUAAUUUCUGUUUAAUACCCAUAUUGCAUUUCUUUAUGCUACAAAUAAGAUGUUACCUAUAAGAAAUGCACAAAAUAAAAAAAUGCUAAAAAUAGAAUAUUUCCAUACCUAUUAAAAUUACAAGUCUGUCAAGUGUCAUAAAAAAGUCAGUGCUGAUGAGGGGAAGGCAACUAAUCAUUUAUAAAGAGGCUGUCUGGUAAUAAAUUAACUAAAUAAAAUACAUACGGUGUCAGUCCCAGAGUGGUACAAUAACGUUAUCAGAUGGUGAAAGUUCAUAUGAAAGAACAACUGUGCCAGGGCGAGAGAUGUCUUUGUGGAGAAAGCAUUUUCAAGACUGGAAAAGCCAUGACAGACCCCAACAAGAUGAUCAUCAACUUGGCCCUCUUUGGCAUGAUUCAGAGUGGAAAAAGUUCUGCUGGAAACAUUCUGCUGGGAAGCACAGACUUUCACAGCAGCUUUGCUCCCUGUUCUGUGACCACAUGUUGUAGCCUGGGCCGCAGUUGUCACCUCCACAGCUUCGUGCGUCGAGGUGGGCUAGAGGUAGCCCUGCAGGUCCAGGUGUUGGACACUCCAGGUUAUCCACACAGCAGGCUGAGCAAGAAGUAUGUGAAACAGGAAGUCAAAGAGGCUCUGGCACAUCACUUCGGGCAAGGGGGUCUCCACCUUGCACUCCUGGUUCAGAGAGCAGAUGUGCCUUUCUGUGGGCAGGAAGUAACUGACCCAGUCCAGAUGAUCCAGAGAACAUGUUUGGCCACUAACGUGAUGACUAUUCAGCAAGCAACACUACUUUCAGAUAUUCAACUAUUUUCUGGCCAAAAUCGACUUAAAGAUUUUAAGCUAAAUCAACCACUCUCUUCUGUUUUUGGCAGUAAUUCAAAAGUGCAAUUUCUCUCACAGUUUAAGGAACUUCUUGGACGUGCUUGGAUGAAUUACACAGCCAUUCUUUUUACCCAUGCAGAAAAAAUAGAAGAGGCUGGGCUUACUGAAGAUAAAUAUUUACAUGAGGCCUCUGAUACCCUGAUAACGCUGCUAAAUUCUAUUCAGCACAAAUACGUUUUCCAGUACAAAAAAGGAAAAUCACUCAAUGAACAAAGAAUGAAAAUCUUAGAAAGAAUCAUGGAAUUUAUAAAAGAGAAUUGUUACCAAGUUCUUACCUUUAAAUAAAAUUUAGGUGAAAGGAAA